GCACUCGGCUUGGCUUUUUGGCUUUUUGGAUUUCGUCCCCAUGAUCGAUCGGAAAACGCGUUUCGCGGCAAAAGGCUCUUGCAAUAAUAACGGGUUUCUCGGAUGCGACCCUCUCGGCUCGGAGUUUUACCAAAAAUCGUGUGUUUUUAAACGCCCAUCAGUUGAAAUCGGGGAGUCGCCAAAACAAUAGCAGUAAAACACCGAGUACUUUUAGCAUUUGUAAAACAUACAACCUUGGUUUGGGCAAAGAGUUUCUUAAACGAACAAGCACAACUCCAGCCAAAGCAGUUCAAAGCAGUUAAAGCCGCCUGGUACCUUACCAACAUCAACAUCAACAACAACCAACUGCCAACUGCCAGCAGCAACACCUGCAAAUCAGCAUUAAAAACCUCAAUUGUCGCCUGGUGAACUGAAGCGAAGUGAAGGUGUUAAGCCCAGCAAGAAGAAUAUCGGGCAUAAGAAGCCGCUGAAACAAAACCGGAUCUUAUCAAGGCCAGACGAAUGCCAUAAUUCAGUAUCUAAAGGGCACUGCAGCGACCCCCUCUCAGUACCGUCUAAGCAUCUAAUUUAUCUGGCUCGUGACAGUGACAUCAUUUCUUAUCUGCAAGAUCAGUGGGGUUAGUCUGAUUGUCAGUUAUACGGCCUCAACAAAGAACAUCCCGCCGAGAGCCCACUUAGUUGAGGUCCAAAACUCGCUGCUAACAGAACGCAUAAUUCCAGCUGGAUUUGCACCGACAAUAUGGAAGCGUCGCAUAGGAACCACCAAAAUCCAGCCUUCGUGGGCGACGACGGACGCAGCACGGCCAGCACAGUGGAGAUCUCGGCCAACAAUCCCGCCCUGCGAGAUAAUGCCGACGACCAGGAGGCGGGCGGCAAAUUGCCCGAGGAGCGUGCCACCUGGGGCAAGGGCGUGGAGUUCCUCAUGUCCUGCAUCGCCAUGUCCGUGGGCCUGGGCAACGUGUGGCGCUUCCCCUUCACCGCCCUGGAUAAUGGCGGGGGCGCCUUCCUCAUUCCGUAUCUCAUUGUGCUGUUCCUGAUUGGCAAACCGAUUUACUAUCUGGAAAUGGUAAUUGGCCAGUUUUCCAGUCGCGGCUCGGUAAAGGUGUUCGAUUUGUGCCCGGCCAUGAAAGGUGUUGGAGCCGGCCAGGCGUUCCAGGUGUUCAUGCUGAGCACUUACUAUGCCGCCCUCGUGGCGAUAAUUGGCCGAUAUUUCAUUGAAUCAUUCCGCGACCCACUGCCCUGGGCCACAUGCCGAGCGGAGUGGGGUAGCCUCUGCAUUAGCUCAGCCCCCGAAGCGGGAAAUUGGUCUCAGGCGGAGAGCGACGAUCGGCGAGCUCAAAAUUACACAAUGAAAUCGCAAAACGAUCGGGUCAUCACCAGUUCGGAAUGGUACUUUGUUAAGGAAGUGCUGCACGAGAAACCUAAUAUUGAGGAUGGGAUUGGCCUGCCCAAUUGGGAGCUGGUCCUGGGGCUCUUUGUGGCCUGGGCCUGUGUGUUCUUUAUCAUUCGGCGCGGAGUCAAGAGCUCGGGGAAGGCCUCCUACUUCCUGGCCCUCUUCCCGUACGUCAUCAUGGGAGUUCUUUUGGUGAGGGCCGUCACUUUGCCUGGCUCCCUAGACGGCAUCUACUACUUCAUAAAGCCCCAAUGGGGCAAGAUCCUGGACCCUAAAGUGUGGUAUGCAGCUGUGACCCAGUGCUUCUACUCGCUGUCCGUCUGUUUCGGCAACAUCAUCAUGUACUCCUCGUUCAACAAGUUCGGCCAUAAUGUCCAUCGAGAUGCGGCCAUUGUCACGGGUCUGGACACCAUGACCUCCCUGCUGGCGGGAUUUACGAUCUUCGGCAUCCUCGGUCAUCUGGCCCACGAGAUUGGAACUGAUGAUAUUGGAUCGGUGGUGAAGGGAGGCGCCGGAUUGGCCUUCAUCUCCUAUCCCGACGCCAUUGCCAAGUUCAAGCAGCUGCCACAGAUCUUCUCGGUCCUGUUCUUCCUGAUGCUCUUCGUCCUGGGCAUAGGAUCGAAUAUUGCCAUGACCUCCUGCUCGGUGACCGCCAUUCGGGAUCGGUUCCCCAACUUCAAGCAGUGGCAGUGCUCGCUGCUCAUAGCGGUGGUCAGCUUUUUCAUCGGUCUGAUGUACAUAACGCCGGGUGGCCAGUACAUGCUCACUCUGGUGGACUUUUUUGGCGCCUCGAUGAUUGCUUUAGUCCUCGGAAUCGCCGAGCUGUACACCAUAGGUUGGAUUUAUGGCACGGAUCGCCUCUGCAAGGACAUUGAGUUCAUGCUGAAUCGCAAAGUGGGUCUCUACUGGAGGCUCUGCUGGAGCAUCUUUACCCCGCUGAUCAUGACGGUUAUUCUGAUCUACUUCUAUGCGACCUACGAGCCCCUGACCUACAACAACAUUGUCUACCCGAGCUGGGCCUAUAGCAUUGGCUGGAUGAUCACCGCCUUUGGCAUUCUUCAACUGCCCAUUUGGAUGAUCGUGGCAAUCAUCCGCGAUCCUGGCAAAACUGUGGGUGCGAAGAUCCGUGGAGCCUUCACGCCCAAGAAGAACUGGGGACCCAUGGACCCUCUUCUCCGAGAGCAAUACAACAAGGAAAUCGAAAACGAGCUGACCCCGAAACGGGGUCGGGGAAUUUGGGCUGCCAUCAAGCAAAACAUCUUCGGCUGAUCCAUACCUAGCAACAACAAGAGCUCAUGUAAAUAAUCUGUUGUAUUUUAAGUGAAAAGAAUUUAAAAGAUCUUGUUUUAAUCCUAAGUCUGCCAAUAAAUUUGAUAAGUACCAGGAAAGUGCUGCUGCCUUACUGAAA